UAAACCGUAUUGAACAUAUACUCUCUUCUAGUUUGGUUUUUUUUUCCCGGUGGUUUUCAAAUGUGAACAUUUUGCGAUAACCGUCCGUCCAAAAAGGAUAACUGGCCCGAUCAGUGCGACCAACAUUUUUACCCACGACCGCGGGCUUAACCAUGGAACCGUCGAGUUAUUUCCGGCAUCCGAUUGCCCUGUUAAUAAUUGUUGUCGCCUACUCCGUUCCACGUUCGGUGCAGUUGGAUUACUCGAAAAUUCAGGGUUACAAUACAAACUUAGGUGAAGCGGUACAGUUCUUACGAGAAUGGGAAAACGAGGCUAUAACAAUAUGCAACAGAGUUGCGACCGCUCAAUGGACGUACGCCACUAAUAUUACUGAAUACAAUAAAAAACAUAUGACAGACGAACAAAAGCUACAAUCGAAAUUCAACAGGGUAUCUUGGCGAAAAGCAUCAGAUUUCAUGUGGACUCGGAUAUCGGAUCCUGUUGUGCAAAGGCAAUUGAAGAUAUUGGCACUUAAAGGCCCGUCAAAUAUGCCGGAUAGCAAACUUAACGAGAUACAUACACUCCUCAAUGAAAUGAAGGACAUCUAUGCCAAAACGAAAAUUUGUCCGUUCAGUAAACGAUUGACGUCCUAUUGUGAACUCAGUCUCGAGCCAGAUCUGGUAAGAAUCAUGGCUAAUUCCAGAGACUACGAAGAACUAUUGUACACGUGGAGGACUUGGAGGGACAGCAUUGGACAAGAAAUUCGUCCCAAGUACACGAAAUAUGUAGAGCUAAUCAACCGUGCUGCAAUGGAUAUCGGAUUCGAGGACGCGGGAGAACAGCAAAUAGCCAUGUACGAGAACGCAAACUUCAAAGGAGAGCUGGAAAAUAUAUGGUCAUCGUUGGAGCCCAUUUAUAAACAACUGCAUUCGUUCGUCCGGAGAAAGUUGGUUUCUCAUUACGGAGUUCGAAGGGUUAAACCAGACGGUCCUAUUCCAGCUCAUCUUCUAGGGAACAUGUGGGCACAGAACUGGAAAAACAUCAUCGACCUUGUCAUUCCGUAUCCCGGCAAACGACGGAUUGAUGUAACAGCCGAAAUGCUUCGUCAAGGAUACACACCGUUGAAGAUGUUUCAAAUAACUGAAGAAUUUUUUACAUCACUCGGCCUGAAGGCAAUGCCCGUGGAGUUUUGGCACAACUCGGUUUUCGAAAAACCGUCCAAUCGGCCAAUUUCGUGUAAAGCGUCUGCGUGGGAUUUUUGCGACAAACAUGAUUACAGGAUAAAGCAAUGCACCGAAGUGACGAUGGACGACCUGUUCUCGACCCAUCACGAAAUGGCACACAUUCAAUAUUACCUUCAUUAUGCGGAUCAACCGUUUCUGUUCAAAGACGGUGCAAACGCGGGAUUCCAUGAAGCGCUCAGCGACGCCAUUAUCCUUUCGGUGUCGACACCGCGACAUUUGCAUAGGAUCGGACUGUUAAACAACAUUACAGACGACUACGAGGCUCAAAUCGAUUUUCUAAUGGAAAUGGCGUUGGAUAAAAUAGCGUACUUGCCUUUUGCUUAUUCAGUCGACUUGUGGCGAUGGGGAGUGUUUUCCAAGGGCCAAGGCAGUAUGAACGCUAGAUGGUGGGAUUUGAAAUUGCUGUACCAAGGAAUCGUUCCGCCAGUGGUUAGGGACGAAAAGAAUUUCGACCCGAGUUCCAAGUACCACGUGAUAGCCGAUGCUCCUUACAUCAAGUACUUCAUCAGCAUCGUGCUCCAAUUCCAAAUGCACAGCGCCUUAUGCACGGCGGCCGGACACGUGGGACCUAUGCACAAAUGUGAUAUAUAUCGUUCAAAAGAAGCCGGUCGUCUACUCAGUGAAGUGAUGGCGUCGGGUUAUUCAAAACCUUGGCCUCAAGUGAUAAAAAUGCUCACCGGUGGACGGACGAGUGCUUUGGACGUACAACCAUUCAUAGAAUACUUUAAGCCUCUCACACAAUGGCUGAUCAACGAAAACAAAGCCGACAGGGUCGGUUGGUCCAGAUCCAACGAAGAUAUCGCUCUUUUUGAAUCGUUAUCGAAAUCCAGUAGCCAGCGGUCAAUCGACAGACACUUGAUGGUAUUGGUGACGUUGAGUUGGUUCAAAAACAUGUACUACUAAGGAAUAUUAAAAAAAACAAUAGCUGUUAAUAAUAAUAUUAUUGUUUUGUAUACCAUUUGUUUGUUAAGUUCAACCGAACCGAUGAAUAAUACAUAUUUUUAUCUCAUAAAAUCGUAACACUAGGGUCUAGACGUAAAAUCCCAUUAUAGGUUUAUUUUUAUA